CAGCCUUUGUUAUCUACCCACCCACGAAGAGCACUUAUUCAACACCACACAACCUUCUCUGAGGCAGCUGUUUGCAAGUUCCCUUCAUAAUGUGUGUAUGGUGUGUUCCGAACGCGUCGUAGCGUAGAUCGACCACAUAACGUGUGCACCUAACUGAAUCAGUGCUGGACUGGAGUUACACACAAACGGAACGAUCAGUAUUAGUGCCUGCAGAGUCUGGCAGUUCGUUCGAGAUCAACGCAAAAAAGUGCUUAGACAAGCAGAGAGAAAAACAAUCUUCUAUCAGUUGCGGAAAGACCGACGUCCACCGCAAUGACCCACUCGAGCAAUUAGUCAUCACCCGACGCGUGAUUCGAAUCGGAAAUCUUCUAUCUCGAGUUGUAAGGUGAAAUCAGACUAUGUGCUAAACGUAAAGUUGAACAUCGAGUAAGUGUAAGUAGUGUAAUAGACAUAAACAUUCAACACGUAGUAAGAACUCUAUAUAGAGUGGACGCCAACAUCGCCUUCAAGAACCCACCAAAACCCGUCGUAAGCUUCAGCUUCAGUGACUCGUGACGAACGGUGACCUCCAAAACACGACCAAACAACGAUGGAUAUCUUCAUUCCGAUCGUCAUCUUUUUCGUUCUGUUUGUGUUCUUCUCGCUGUGCGGGAUGUGCUGUCGGCGGCGGCGAGACCAGGGAGCCGUGAUUGCCACUCCGGUCGUGAUCACUUCCACCCAGCACCACGUAGGUCCUUAUCCGGUGCACGUUAACACCAGUGCAACGGCGGCCCCAGCUGGAGUGGUCAUGCAACAGCACAGCACCGGAACCGGGGUUUAUCCGAUGCAACAACCAGGCCCACAAGCCAUGCCUCAACCUAUGCCCGGCUACAACCCGGCACCCGGUGUUGGCUACCCUCCGCAGCCGUAUCCACCCCAGCCACAGAACCAGCCCAUGCAGCAGAUGCCAAUGCCUAUGCCCAUGCCAGGCUCGGCUCCUCCUCUCCACGCUGUCCACGCUCAAGCCACGAUGAACCCGCCCAGCUACGAUUCGGUCGUAACGGAAAACUACCCCAAACAGGCACCGUACAAUCCCCACUUUACCGGACAGUAGAGCCUGCCAACGUCGCUUCCUUCGCUUAGUUUUUUAGUACAUAUUUUUGGAGAAACAAACGCUCGAUUCAUAUUGGUUUGCUAGUCCAAAUCCACUGAGAACAGACGAACACCAUUUGCGGUUUCGAUUUUCCUAUCUAGGGUUUCUAGAGCAACAAUGUUCGAACGAGUUUGUUGAUUAACUAAAGAGUUAGAAAAUGGAGAGGCAUUAUUUACGCUACUUUACAUCCGUAUAUUUAGCAACGGGUUCAGAACACGCUCAGCCAGAAGUUCUUAUGUUUACAUCGAAGAAAUAAUCAUUAAAAUAGAAGUUACGUGAGGGAUAUGCCCAAAAAACUAAAAACAAAACAUAAAUGUUCCGAAUGCUUGGUUUUAAAUUCACACGUCAAUCGAUAGCUUAGAUUUUUGAGUAUGAUUGAUAUGGGAGUACGGGGAUAAAUUCCAAAAGGGAUAACCCUAUUAUUUACCCUUUUUCACGUUCUUCGAAAAGGUUGAUGUAAAAGAAUUGGAAAUGUAUAUAUUUAUGAACAGCCGAUCUGUUUUAGAAGAAGCAUCAUACGACAGUUUCAUUUAUCGUUUACCACUUGGAGAACUCACCGUGAAAUACAUACAUUAUUCCCCACUUUUGUCAA